UGUGAAAAAUGGCUACUGUACAGUCUGAAUCGGAGGAACCAUUAGACAAUAAACUCAUUAACGGAACGCUCGCUGGAAAUAACUCCGAACUACAAGCUUCGUCUUCUGUGGCCGCUGAUGGGGACGCGGUGGUCUGUGCACAGAGCACCGACAUAAAGGGAACAACAGAGCCUGCAGCUCCGUCUUCACCAGCAAGUGAAAAUUCACCUCCACAUGGCGCUGCUCCUUUACCAAGCAACAAAGAUGCUUCAGGAAUGUCGUGUAAUUGGACAUCUGAGGCGGGCGAGGAAAACACGGAUGUGCUUAGUAAGGAUAACGGCGAGCAGUGUUCAUCCGAGCCCGGAAGGGACUUUGGGGAGACGUCGGGUCAUUUCCACAAUGAAAACAUUGGGCGAAAAGAAAUAGACAAAGAAGAAGAAUCAGUGAACACAACUAAAGAAAGCAUCAGCAAAGAUUCAGAGCUUGUCACAGAGAAAGAACACCCAUCAAAACAAGAUGAGCCGACAAAUGGGAGCAAUAAAGCAGUGUGUGUUGUGGAGGAUAAACACCCACCAAAACAAAAUGAUGAGCUGACAAAUGGGAGUGAGGAAUCAGAGUGUGUCGUGGAGAAUAAACACCCACCAAAACAAGAUGAUGAACCGACAAAUGAGAGUGAAGAAUCUAAGCUUUCAGAGGAAGAACAGCAACCUAAAAAAGAUGAAUCUGCAAGUGUAGAAGAAAAAUCAAAACCUCAAGAUGAGACCACGCAAAGCACAGAGACAAAGAUGGACGAGAGCACAGAGAAGGAUAAGGACAACAUAGAGGAGAAAGGAGGAGGAGGAGAUGAAUCAAAGAGUGAUGGGACAGGUUUAUCUGUCAAGCGAAGGAAAAGCCGACUGGAAUGCAACGAAUGUGGUAAAAAAUUCACACGCCGCGAAACAUACAACCUGCAUCGCCACUUUCACAUGCACCAGGAUGAGCAGGCUUCCCUCGUUUGUAAAGAAUGUGGCAUCACUUUUCAGCAUCGAAGUGACCUCAUUAAACACCGCAGUAUUCAUAAAGAAAGCAGCCAAGCAAGUGUCUCACCUUCGAAAGGCUCUGCGAGCAUAUCCAAGGAACGGAAGAAAUUUGUGUGUGAGCACUGUGGUGUGUGUUUCUCAACAAUAAUCCGAUUAAAAAUUCAUGCCUGUGAGCAGAAAGUGGACAAGCCUUUUCGCUGCCCUCUGUGCCGCAAAGAGUUUCAGUACAGGGUGUCUAUUAAUGCCCACAUGCAAAGUCACUCUUUGGACAGCCGCUAUCGGUGUCAGGAGUGCAACAAAGGAUUUCAGACUUUGGAGAACCUGUAUGUCCACCAACGCUCUCACACUGCGCUAAAGCCGUAUGAGUGUCCAGACUGCAGCAUGGUCUUCAGGCAUCGUUCCAUCAUGGAGGACCAUCGGCGGAGGCAUGUGGAUGAAAGGGAGCAUAUGUGCAAAAUCUGUGGGAAGAACUUCAAAUACAGUAGCCUUUUACAACAGCACCAGUAUCUCCAUAGUGGCCAAAAGCCUUACCACUGCUCGCACUGUGGCAAAACAUUCGCUUUUGCACAAAACAUGCGAGCACAUUUUCGCCAACAUAAAAAGAUUUCCGCUAGGUCUGAAGCACAUGGUAUAAACCAUAAUAUAUCUGCUGUGGGGCAAGUAGGUAAAGAGAAUGCAAGUGUUGAGCAGCAGCGCAACUGUCCACUGUGCCCUCAAAUAUUUUACAAAGCCUCUGAUCUGAGAACACACAUGUUGAUUCAUGAAGCAGAGUAUGAACGAAUGACUAAUGGCAAAAAAUUCGAUAAGGUCUAUGCAUGCCAGUGCUGUUCUCUCAAGUUCCAGACAGAAUCCCAACUACAAGCACAUUCACAAACACACUUGACAAACAUUUUAGGCAUAAACGCAACACAUAUCACAAAUCAAGUUAAAGCAGUGCUUGAAAAGCAGGAUGAUGUUGCUAUGGAUGGGGCAGAUCUUGACCGUGUGUCAGCAGUAGGGGAAUUGGAGGACCAGACAGGCAAGAAACCCUUUAGGUGUCGAGAUUGUGGAAAGUGCUUUCGUUACCGGUCAGUAUUAGAGCUGCAUAUGCGCAUACACAACAAGGGCUACCAGUGUCAAGUGUGUAAAAAGUCCUUUAGAUUUAGUAGCUAUUUGCAGCAGCAUUCGAUUAUCCACACUGGGAAGAAGCCCUAUAAGUGCCCAGACUGCGGUAAAGAUUUUGCAUUUCAUCAUAACAUGAAAACACACCAACGGCUGCAUCAACAAAAGCCUUUUCGCUGCACACAGUGUCGGAAGGGAUACAGCGAUGAAAAUCAGCUUCAACGACAUAUGCUUUCCCAUACAGGUGAAAAACCUUACAAGUGUCAUAUGUGUGACAAGAGCUUUGCUUUGGCCUACUUGCUCCGAGACCAUCUGAACACUCAUACUGGGGAGAGACCCCACCGCUGUCAGGAGUGCCACAAGUCAUUCCCUUGGCUCAGUAGCCUGCUUGUGCAUCAAAAGAUUCAUGUGCGCAAGCGGCAAGGUCAGAGUCAUAGUUACUCAUUGUCCAUAUAUUCUCAAAGAGGUAGAAUAGGCCCCAGCAGAAGAGGUAGGCCAAGGUUAGAUCGAGACAAUGGGAGGACGCCGCCUCUACCUGAAAGAAUCAUACCAGAAACAGUGUUGCCAAAUGUGGUUCAGCAGCAGUUUGGUACAAGUAGAGGACCACAGCCGGGGAAUCAUUCGCAGCAAGUUCAGUUGCAGCCAGAAUGGCAGAUACAAAUUGCACCAUCAUCAUCAUCGUCAGAAGAGCUGCUGCACUCGCAGAAGUCCGCAAGUUUAAUGGAAGCCCCACCAACCAAUACAGUGCAUAUUCACUGGACAGGGACUCAUCAUAAGACAAUAUUGCCUAAAUGUGAUGGUCUUCCCGAGCUUAUGCACCAGCAGCAACCUCCUCAAGCACAACCUAAUCACUUUUCUGACAUAAAUGCAUCUGAGAUAGAACAAAAAGGCAAGCAUCCUGCACUCUGGAUGAAUGCGCCAAACUCCACUCUGCAGAAAACCUCUUCAGAAUCGCAACACCACAUGGACAGGCCUUCCACUUUGGGUGUGAAAUUACAGUCCCAGCGAUCUAUUCAAGACCUACAACCAUCGCAGUGGCCAGUAAUCUGUGAUCCAUUGCAAACAGGCAAGCCAGAGCUGUUUAGUAACUCUUCAGAUGGUAAAGGAACUGUUGAUUUAGAAGCACCAACCAUCAGCGACUCUAAUAAACUAUCUCAUGAUUUACAAAUGUCAGAUUCCUCUGGGGUGGCUAAAACAGACAUGGGUCAAUCUAGUGGUAUAGUGCUGUCCGCUGGUGCUUCCUGCCUAUCGAAUAGUAAUCCAUGGGGCAUAAAAACAACUCUAGAAAUGUCUGUACCUGUGAGCUUACAAGAAAUACCUGGGGAUGCAUUAGAGAAGCAGCAAAACAGACUAAUACAGCAUUUGCCACAGCAAAUGCAAAUUUCGCAGCAGCUACAACAGCAGAUCCAUGCGCAACAGGCUCAAAUACCUCCUACUUGGGUUAGUACAGCUCCUCCAAACCAGAUAGGUCCAGUGAACUUGCCUUUUUCACCACCUCGUUUUCCCCUCGGGGACAGACCUCCAUUGUGGGGGUUUCAAGCUGCUCCAGUUGUUUCUCAAACCCUCGUAAAUGGACCAGUUCCACAAGGCCACAUCCAGGCACAACAACACGUAGCACUAAUUUCUGGCCCACGUAUUCCACUAAAUCAGCCUCCAACUUAUAUCUCGCCCCCUUUUCCACCAGGUCUAAAUUUAUCUGCUCCACAUCCAAUGCAUUCUGUUGGAAGGCCUCUUCCAGGUCCAUUGCCUCAGGGCAUCUUCUUCACUUCACAGGGUACCAUAAAUGAGAUGGCACUUCUGCCACAAGUAACAAACUUACCUCAGUUAGUGCAACAAACUGAGCCUCACAAAAUGGGCAAUAAAUUACCUUUCGCCCCAGAUCAUCUGUUCCAGUGCAUGAUUUGUGGUUGUUCUUUGCCUGGAGAGCUAGAAUUACAGAUGCAUUAUAUGCAACAUGCACAGCGAGACGUCUGAUUUUGAUUUUUAGAAAUGAUAUACACACAAAAUAAAAAUUAGUUGGUUUAGAUUGUCUUUCCAUUGUUUUACUGUACAUUGCUGUUGUACAUUGCUGUUAAGCUGCUGGAGUGUUUGUUGAAGACUUAAGAUGUAUUAAUGUUUUUAUUCAGUUAUUAAAUUUUCC